AUGGAAGACAUAUUCAUUCGUUUGUCUUCCAGUGUUGAUAGAUCGUUGCCCAAAUUUGUCAAUGACAGAUUUAGCCACGAAUCACGACAACUUCUGGAAUUAAUUAAUACUUCUUGGGAAUCCAGAACAUGGUAUGAUAUGUUGGUUCGUGUAGAACGCUACCUAGAAUAUACCAUUGGUGAUAUAUCAGUAAUCGCAGACGGAUGUAUAGAAACCCUAAUAGAUAUAGCAAAGAAAUUAUGGUACAUUUCAACGUUUAAUACAUUAAAUGAAAAUAAAGCGCUAGGAGAGCUGUAUGUUGGUUCUUCUGAGUUGAAACAUAUCGGUUUUGACGAAAAGAAAAUGACUCUCAGAGUUAAGAGUUUUUCUAUGAAGUUGUUGAAUUCUAUCUUGGAUAAUUUUUUGGCACAGUUGCCAUCAAUUUGGGAAUCGGAUUAUGACUGUCUAUAUGAUGAUGUUAAUAAAAGGCUCUAUUUUAUACGUAUUGAAGUCAUAUUGACAGAGUUUAGAAGCUAUUUUAAUAGGGAUUACACAUCUUCAAUAGCUACAAGUCUUUUGAAGAAGACAGAAUGGAUUAAUUCCAUAGUAACUUUGUCUGGGAUUAUGAGACAUAUUUGGUUGUUCAGAGACGAUAUAGGUAAAAAACUAUUAGAAGAUAUAUUUGGAAAUCGCUUAGAAAUUGAUACAGGGACUACAGAAGUGUUUCUGCAAUUUAGAUUGGUUGCAUUGCUAUGUCCUAACAUUACUAUAUAUAAUUGUCUAAUUGAUGGAACAAUUUUUAAAUGGUGGGAUUUAAUUAAUGGAGAUAGGGUACCCACAUGGAAUCCUCUUAUUUGCACACUUUUAUUUAGAGCAGUAAAAUUUGGAUGGGCAACAGGCAAACCUUUAUAUUCUACCAUAUCUAGUAAGAUACCACAGCUAUUUAACAUUCUUUAUCUGUCAUUCAAUAUACCAAAUAGGGUCUCUUCUUCAAAGAUAAAGGAGAAAACACCAAAUUUGUACACACUUUUAUCAGAUAAAAGGGUAAAAAUCUGUAAAAAAUUGGCCAAAAUCCUGGUAUUGUUAAUGCCUCCAAAGUUGGAUUAUAUGAAGCCCCGUGAACACGAUAUCUUUGAUUACAUAACAGCUCUAGUCAAUACAAUAUAUCCAUAUACACACCCUUCAAAUAAUGGAAAAUGGACGACAAAUAUUGCGCGUUUUACCAAGAAUUUUAUUGCUUCAUAUGCACGCAGAGUUUGCCGUGAAAGGACUUUUAACAGGAUAAGGGUCGGUUGUGGAAUGUCUAAUAACGGAAAUGAAUCAGUGGAUUAUAAAUUGAACAAUAAUAAUGAUAAAUUUAUUGCAGAUUUAUUCUACUCAUUGGCACUACAAGGACUUCAUUCCAGACAUCCACAGGUUUCCAAUGCGUACGAAGAUGCUAUAAAAAGACUGUGUUACAUACAACCAGAUCCACUCUUAAACAUUAUUGUCGAUCACAUGAUAACAGCUUGUGACUCUGUUACCGAACCUCAUCAAGUUAUAAUGGCAGUUCGAAUUUUUUACCAUCUUUCUGCUCUAAUUAUAAAAUAUAUGCCCGAGGCUCUCUUAUCAAUUCUUGAUGUUACAUUGAAAGGAAUAGAUACAUCAGAUCCCUUCAAAACGGGACAGAUUCUUAUACUGGUCAAUGUAAUAUUCUCACAAAUACCUUGCAUGGAUUUAUCAAAUAUUGAAUUAUCAUAUGAAGAAAAGUGCAGGUGUUUUCAGCUUUGUUACUCAAAAGGGCUAUCAGAAAAUACAGAUAAUGAUUUUGUAAAGGAAAUUAACUCAUUGAGGCUUGAUGCACUGGAAAAUGUUCAAGGUGGGUUUUUUAGUUCGAACAUACCAGUACAAUCGGAAGCAAAUGACGAUCUAACACACUUGAAAAUGAUGAGAAAAUUAGAGAAUUGCACUAGUUUAGAUGAUGCAAUAAAUCUUUUGGAUAUAAUAUUGGCGCAGAGGCGCCACGUUUCACAACAUUUUCCGAUUUGGUGCCUAAAUUGGUUUGAUGCCUUAUUGAAAUUUGUAAGUCAGCUUACAAAACCUAACAUGACACCAAACUCACUAAUGAACACCCUCGAUAUUGGAACAUUUGUUUUAUUACGCUCAGCGGUAGUUACGAUUUUAUCGCAAGUAGAUGCGGGUACUGCGACAGAAGUGUACACAUUAUUUUACAAGUGGGUCAUUAAUAACACAUCCAGGAAAGAUCCUCUAAAACAUAUGACCGCUAUAGCAUCGUGUCUGAGUUAUUCAAAUCCUGAAACAGCAACAACUUGUGUAUUAAAACCAUUAUUAGCGCGUUUGAAACAUGAACUUGAAGCUGAUUCUGAUUUAGUUUCUAACCAAAUUGGUGAAGACCGUUUAAUAUGGUAUAUAUCCUGUAUUUCUGGACUAGUUAGGUUCUCAAACGUUCGGAUAUUGCCAUAUAUCAACGAUAUACUUUAUGUAUCAAAUAUUGGAAUGAAACACAAAUCAAAAUCUGUUUUCAAAUCUUGUACAAAAUUGAUUAGCAGAGCCAUUUAUUCUCUUAUAGGUGUCUAUUUCGUAGAUUCAAAAUCUACAUCUGAGAUAUUUUAUAAUGAUGAAAAUAUGAACCAUGCCUUCAUAUUGUGGGAUGUUCCCUGGUUUGCAAAAAAUUUCUCAAAGGAGUGUUUUGACGAUUCAAAUCGUUUAAAUUUAGACAAACUGUGUCAUAUUGAUUGGCAUAUUGCUAAAGAUGAUGAACUAAGUGCUGUAAAACGGCUUUUUAGCUGGUUAAUUUCUCGAAUAUUGAGUUUAUCGCAUGAUAUAUUGUCGGAUAUUAAUGUACCAUCUUUUGUUACUGAGUCUGAUUGUUUGUCUUUUGAUCAUACCCUUUCUCUUUUUAAUAGGAUUAAUAGGAUAUGUAUUCUUUGUAAAUACAUUUUAAAGGGGUUAAAAGAUUUUGCUGUGGAUGACAGAAGUUUUGAUGCUUAUGGUUUACCACUUGUAACACCUAUUGAUUUUACUCCAGUUUUUGAUCUACAAAACUUUGUUAAAUCCGUAAUAUUAUCAAUCAUAGAAAAAUAUGGUGCAUUUUCUGAUUCUAAGGAUGACUUAACAGUAACAAACAUACUCAUGAAGUUGUUAAAACUGAUCAACCUUUAUAUUGUUAGGAAUGCCCAUUCGAACGAUGAAAAUAUAAAUGAUAAAGGAAUAAUAUAUGCCUUAAAGAAUAAUUGCAACGUAGGAAUAACUGUAACAGCAAGUAGAUCCAUGAUUUCUUCACUAUCUUACUAUUAUGGUUUGAAUCGUUUGUCUUUUUGGCAAGAUGUUCCAAGAGGGGGUUGGUUAUCCAUUGUUUAUGAUAGAUAUCAAAGUCGUUUAAACCUGCGAAAGUUUGAUCAUGAAUCGACAAAUGAACGGAUUAAAAUGCUGGAGAUUGUAUUAAGUUGUGCGACGUGUCAUUAUAAACAGCUGUCAUCUCUUGCACGUGGUAUUUUAAAGGAUUUUGUUCUUGUUCAUAGAGAUGUUCGAAAUAUUAUUAUUGAUUACACUCUAGAUAAGGGAUUAUCUCUUGUUCCAAAAUCUAACUCCGACAGUUACGAAUCAGAAGCCUUAGCCACGAUACCUGAAAUUUUUGAGAUAUCAUUAAUAGAGAGAAUAUUAUCUUGUAGCAAUCUUUUUUCAAAGUUUGUUGAAUUCAUUUGUAGCGUAGUUUCUACUGCAUCUAACAACGGUAAUUUGAUGAUCAAAUAUGAUUCUCUGUUUGUUUUGUUUCUAAAUACCAGAGAAGAAUAUAUGGUUGACUAUGAUUCUAAUGUCCCAAAUAAUAUAUUAGAUUCACUUUCUGGAGGGAUAUCUAUCAAUAAACAGGGACUAUUGCACUGGAGGUUUCAGUUGUAUUGUACUGCUAUACUUGUGUCAUUUAGUUUUUGCAUUUCUAAAGAGAAUAUUGGUAGGUAUAUUGAUUGGUUGAUUGAAGCAUGUGAUCAUACUUCUAAACAUGUUUGUGUGCUUAAUGCCGCCAUGGUUGGUCUUUUCCCUUUUUUUGUGGGUAAAGUUUCAAGUUAUUCAACCAAACUCAUGGAUGAAAAAGCUGUUCACCGUAUACUUAUGGCAAUUCCGUUUGUGAAUCAUGAUUCUAUCAGGCAAAGUGCUGCUCCAUCACAAGAUGUGUCAAACACCUUGAUUAGCAUAAUAACCAGCUCCAUAGCGCGUGCUGGAAAACCUUGGCCGAACAACCGAAUUUCUUCGAAUUCUAACAACCAUUCCACCUACAAUUUUAUAUUUUGUUAUGGCUAUUUUCAGUUUCUCUUUUCGAAUAAUUCCAUAAAUAACCUCGGAACUGUAACUAGUGUAUUAGAUUAUUUGUCUCAAUCACCACAAAGUUAUCCAGAGAAUCAUAUAGGGUUUUUCGAAAUCAGCUGUAGCUUAAUGAGGGCAAGCCUCUUGUUACCGUUGGAAGAGAAAACUACCCUAUGGGAAUCCCUUUACCCAUUAGUAAGGAGGGAGAUUGAAACUGUCACGCUUGAUAGAAUCUCUGAUUUUAUGGAUUCAUUUCGUUUGACUUUGGAUGGUUAUAAACUGGAUGAUCAUGAUUUGUAUACACCAAUUUUUAAUUUGGUCCUAGAUAAUGACACGACUAGCAAUAUUUUACAAAUGUCUGAAUUUUCAACACUUGACGAUAAUGAUACUACGGGUUACAACUUACAGGUUGUGAAAAGGCUGAGAUUGCUACAAGCAAUACUCCAACAGCUGAAUAAAAUUGGUAUCAUAAUAGAAAUAUUAUUGCCCGCAAUUUUAAGUGAGAGUGCAUUGUUUAACAGCUCUCAACAGAUUAGGAACGAGAUUUCCCAUUUGUGUUCUCUUGUUGUUUCAAUAUGUUGCAAUGGGCCCUCUGAAUUUAUGAUUUACAAGGAAAGGAUCCAUUCAAGAAUCUCUGAUUUUAUAAAGGAUACAGAACCAAGAAUUACAUUUGCUGAGGAUGACUGCUCAAGGAUAAAGGGUUUAUUGUCUGUUAUAAGCUUGUUGUUUUCUUCAUCUAUGCCUAUGAUUGAUUUGGAUCAUGAAUAUAUAUCCUUAUUUCUUGGAUUUGCACUAAAACUAUCUAGGCAUACAAACGACAAGAUAAAUAGGCUCGCUACAAAGGCCAUAAGCAACAUCGCGAUGUCGUAUUACUACAUCAAGGAUUAUAAGCGUGCAUUGAAUUCAAUUGAAAGCACGUUAGUGAAAAUGAGUAAGGUUCCACAGUAUAAAGUACGGCUUUGUGCAAUUCAUGCAGCAGAAAUUUUACAAAGAAAUUUGUGUAUGUACAUAAGGAAUACAAAAAUUGCGGAAUCUUUGCUAAACUUGUACAUAUCAAGUUUACAAGACACACAAACUAGGGAUUCUGCCAGGGACGCUUUGAGUGCUAUAGCAAUAUCUGCCAAUGAUGAAACUUAUUUGUAUCUCACUCAACGUUUUUUCCAACUAGUUAAAGAAAAUGAAGAUAUUUCUAGUGUUUCUAGUGGAGUUUCUGGACUUGCAGCUCUGGUUUCUACAGCUCCUUAUCACGUUCCCAGUUGGAUGCCACAUACCCUGACUACAUUGGCAAGUUGCGCAUCACCAAAGUUUCCGAUUUCAAUUAGGAAUAUCGUCCAGCGCACAUUACAAGAAUUUUUCAAAUCUCACAUCGACGCCUGGUCACAAAUCCACAUUUAUAAAUUCACACGCCAGCAACUUGAUAUAUUACACAUGUACAAGGGCUGUCCUAUUUAUUUUAAUUAACUUUGCCCGCCAUUAGGUUGGGUACAUUUAAAUGAUGCUUCUUUUC